ACCAUAUUUAUUUCAAAGUUAAUUUUCUCUCUCUUCACCAAAGAAAUCUAGAAAACUCUCUCAUUCUCAAACAAGCCCUAGCCGCCGCCGCCGCCGCCUCCUUCAGUGUGUCUCCGGCGGUCGUUACAUUGCUCCACCAUCUUCAUCCUCUCCUUUUCAUCUGUAAUUAUACUCUAUCAAAUUUAUUUCAACUCAAAGAUGAUUUUAAAUUUCCCUACGACCAUCUUUUCGGCUAGAUCUUGACAUCCACGCACAAGCUUUUGAAAAUCCAUCACCAUAAAAAGAGUCCCCUCCAUCUUCUCUACAAAACCCAUUUAAAAAAAAAAUCAGGAACGGACAACCUUCGCCGGUGACCACCACGCCGGAGCUUGCAACCACCGCGCCGGGAAAGAGCUUACGUGUUUUCCAGAUCUGGGUCAGAAUUUUUACACAAACACUUAAACCUGGGCUAUUGUCUUCAUCAAGAUGAAUUGAGACAUAAUCUGAAAAAAAAAAACGAUCUAAACAAAUUAAACCAAGUUCUGUCGUGGAACAGAGUUAGAGUCGAUUGAGGUUGAGACGGGCUUUGCGACGAAAGUGGACUCUGUAGUGGCGAGCUAUUCCAAAGUUUCACUAUGUUUUCAGCUAGAUCUGGAACAACUAUUGCUUUUAUCAUGACUAUGCCACCAUAUUUUCUUUCGAGGAAAAUGAAAUAGCCUGCAGUUGGCCUUCUUUUAUCUGCAUAAGCCCCAGUCAAAUCACAAUACGCACCUAUUUUCUCCACACCCUUGAGUUUCACUUUCAGCUCCUUGAUAUUGGCUUUGGGUUAAGAGGCAAGGAAUGUUCCUAGCUCCUGCCAAAUUUGAUACGCAUGAUCACACCUUACCAUGGAAACAGUGAGAGGUUCUGGCAUUGAAACAAACCAUGAUACCAGAAGUUGAUCUUGAUGAUCCCAUCCCAGCUGAGCUACACGAAACUAAGAUUGCCAAUUUGCCAUUGAGUUUAUGCUUUAUACACAUAAUUAUGAGGAACUGCAUUUUCACUUGACGAAGAAGGUUGUAGCCUCUUAUUGUAAGCUAAUGCUUGAUUUCCAUGCUAAGAAAUUGGCUUCACCGAAUUUGAACAAGAAUGAGCUUAAGGAACGCAUAGCUUCAGCCUCUAUUGAAGGUCCAAAGCUCUAACACCAUAAAGAUAUCCUAAUCAAGAGAAGAAGAGAGAAUUUGCGGUUUAACAACUGGGAGUUACUUGGAACUUAGAGCCACAAACUUCCACAAAAGACCGAUUCCAGGUUUGAGAGGAAAUAAGCUUCAAUUUUCUAGCAUAAGAUUCGGUCCAAAGUAUGAAGUUUCCUGCAAACUUACUGAGUUGGCAAACGUUUCAUGUUCAUCAAAGGAACCUGAAAAGAUUAAGCCUUUGGUUAAGAUGUGUGGCAUUACAUCAGCUAAAGAUGCUGCUAUGGCGGCCGAAGCUGGAGCAAACUUUAUUGGAAUGAUUGUGUGGCCAAACUCAAAACGUUCUGUUUCACUUUCUGUUGCAAAGGAGAUAUCAAAAGUUGCAAGAGAUUAUGGAGCAGAGCCUGUUGGAGUAUUUGUGGAUGAUGAUGCAGAAACAAUAUUAAGAGCUUCUGAUGCAUCAAAUCUUGAGUUUGUGCAGCUUCAUGGAUCUGGUUCGCGGGCAGCUUUCCCAUCUUUGAUUCAGGAAAAUCGUGUAAUAUAUGUUCUCCAUGCAAAUGCUGAUGGGAGCCUUUUAAACACAAUUCCUGAUGAAGAAUGUCCUCUAGUUGAUUGGGUUCUGGUAGAUAGUGCAAAGGGUGGCAGUGGGGAAGCAUUUGAUUGGGCCCAGUUUAAAUUACCAAAAAUUAGAAGCAAAUAUGGCUGGCUCUUGGCAGGAGGGGUCAAUCCUGAGAAUGUUGGUGAGGCUUUGUCUAGUCUCAAACCUGGAGGAGUGGAUGUCAGUAGUGGCAUAUGUGCAUCAGAUGGCAUUCAGAAGGAUCAAUCAAGAAUAGCUUCCUUCAUGGAUGCAGUACAUUCUGUUCAGUACUGAGUUGCCUUAAAUUAUUGUGAACCUCAAGAAAGGUGAUUUUGUAAUUUCGAAAUAUAUCCAUUUUGUUUUCAAGUCCACUUGUAUUCCCAAAGUUCUUUUUCUCUUUAGACUGCUUUUUAGGCAUGAGAAUAUUGUAAUGCUGGCUGAUAUAUCAUAUAUGGACACAUACUUCAUUUACAAAUUUGAAUAAAAGAAUUUGAUGCUGAUAUAGUGAUACUGAUAUGAUUGAA